AUGUCAUUAUCUGAAAACGAUCAGGACAAUGUCUUUGUAAGGCAUUUCCAGCAGCAAGCUAAAUACAACCGUUCUCAGCAACAGCAUCAAAACCACAAGCAGCAGCAGCAGCAUUCAUCUGCUCCUCCACCACCUCCAUCUCAACCAUUUCGAUCAGCCGACAUUAGCAAGAAAAAUGAGUUUCCACCUACCGUAUCAUGGCCCAUCUUGCUCGCCAUUAUCCCUACGUUGGGAGCCUUUUUCGCUGGUAAUACCGAGAUUUGGAGUGAUUUCAUUAUGCUCUUAUUGAUACUCUACUAUGUCUACAAAUGGAUGACGGUUCCUUGGGCUUAUUAUGAAAGCGCACGUACCAGACGCAUCAUUCAUCAGAAAUCGUCCACUGAAAAGUCAAAAGCGAGUCUUUUGAACACCCAGAAAGAAGAUGAAGCCUAUUUCAAACGCAUGCAACAAGAACAUGCCAAGCGCAAGUUGAUCACGGCAGAGCUUCGUCGCCAUGAACUUGCUGGAUUACUCUGGGUUGUACUCUCGCCUGCUAUCGCUGGUUACACAUUGCAAUACAGUCGAUAUUUACUUAGUAACGUGGAUAGAUACAUUAGCGCAUUCAAUGUUACUGUGUUUAUAUUAGCUGCUUCCAUCAAGCCAAUCUCGCAUGUGAUGGUGCUCUUGCAAGAACGCACCAUGUUCUUACAGAGUGAAGCAUUGGUCUCUGAAAGCCAAAUUCAAGUCCUGCAAACAAAGAUGGAUUUGCUCGAAAAAGAACUCUAUGGUCUCCGUAAAGCCUAUGCUACCAAGAAGGAUCUCGGUCAAGUAGUAACAGAAGACAUCAACCCCUCCUUGCAACAACUGGCAAAAGCACUCAAACGAUUCGAAAAGCGUGAUCUCGCACUUCGCACUUGGUCUGAAGAGCAAUUUACUUCCAUUGAUCACAAAGUGCGUGAAUUUGACCAGUACAUCUGCUAUCGUAUCGAGCAAGAUCAGCGUCAACAAGCGCAUGGCAUGGUCGUCAGCUUGAUUUUGCUCCCACUCAACAUAUCUCUCUGGGUCGCUAAGCGCAUGACAUUGUUACUCCCCAUUCAUCAUGGCAGCAAGAACCUGUUGGCAGCCUCUUCAAGUGAGUCUCCUGCUGCUUCACCGCCCACAUCUGCAUCAAAGAAGCCAUUAUUGCAACAACAGCGUUCCAGCAUUGCAUCUCGGCAUCAAAUGACAACAAUGAUACCCGAUCCGACAGAGUCGAGUUACUCCACAGAAGGAAGCAUUGCUGCGUUUGGACAUUAG